AUGAAGAAGAGAAGAAAAAACAUCGCGCUGUUUGGCUUGAGCGCAAACCCAGUGACGGACAGAGGAGGUCACGGAGAAAUUGUCAAGGCUUUGUUAGCGAUGGAAAGGAUUAAAACGAAUGGUGACGACGACGACGAUGACGACGACAAAUUGUACGACGAAGUGUGGGUCGUGCCGGUGUACAGACACGCGUUUGAAUCCAAAAAUGACGCGAUGCUGAAAACGAAAAUGCCAAAUUUUCAGCAGCGAUGCGAAAUGUGCGAGAAACAGUUCUCGAUCCCCGGAGAAGGAAAAAACUCUGUGCAAAGGGUCAAAGUGAGAAGAAUCGAACUCGAAGCGACUGAGUGGAAGAGGAAAGUAACCGGAGACGCAAACGCGACUAUUGUAGGGACGUUUGAGUUGUUGGACUAUUUGAGAAACGUCUACGAGAAGGAAAAGGAUGACUUUGAAAAGAGGAACAUCGAGUAUACGUUCGUGAUGGGCAAAGACGCGUACGACGAUUUAAUUGGUGGUAAAUGGAUACGCGGAGACGAGAUUCUGAAAACGACGAAUCUCGUCGUCGUUCCUAGAAUCUCGUCGACCGCACCUACGACGGCAACGGCAACGCCUACGAUGAUAAAAGAAGCAAAGUCCGUUGUUUUCCUUGAUAAUAUAUCAGGCCUGAGAGACGUUUCGAGCACUGCUGUUCGAGAGGCCAUCAGUAGCGGAAAUAAACCAUCGACCAUCGAGGAAUUGAAUCCUUUCGUCGCCGAAUUCAUAGAAGAGAAUAGAUUGUACAAAUAG